AUGCCUCAUUCUACGUCCAAAGAGUUCUCAAACCCCCAGAGUUCAAACGAAGCAAAUUCCCGGACGUAUGUCAGCUAUCCUUGGUAUUGGGUAGUGCCAAUCGUCAUUAUCGCAAUUAUCUGGUACUAUAUCAGUUUAGCGAAAGACCGAGAGAUUCUGAUAUGCGACGGCACUGAAGUGAAGAUCCCAUAUUGUCUUCAAUGUUCCGGUAGUUGCGUAUUGGAAUGUGGAGGCGACAAAGUGACGAUCCCAUUAUGCGAGGAGCCAGUUGAUCCACCCUCACCAGUCGGAGGAGGUGGUCAACGCUUGCUUGGGAGGGAUGGCAGGCCUUUCGUCGUUGAAAUGCUCGCAUCGGAUGUUGAAAUGGCAGCGACAAAGGGGCGGAAGAUGGCAUGGGCAGGAACUGCUAGCGUGAACUGGGCGAGUGGCCAGGGAAUAGAGGAGACCACUGCCAAGCAAUUGGGUAUAUGCUGGGGUACAUUGACUGAUGGCAACAUGACAUAUGAUUGUGUGGAGAUCAAGACAUGA